AUGGUAAAAAUAGCUAUUGCGGGAGCAUCUGGUGACUUGGCCCGAGAGGUCAUUGAUGAACUCGCCGAAGCUAACAAACAUGAAAUUCUUGCCCUCAUCCGAAAGGAUCCAUCGCAGUUUCCCUCGAUAUUAGGAGUCAAGUGGGUGCAGACAUCAUAUGAAGAUGAGGCGGAGCUCGUCAAACUAUUUGAGGGCGUCGAAACAGUCCUCUGCUUUUUUGCCGUGCUCAAUGAUCCUGGCAAUGUAGUCCAGAAGAGGAUCAUAGAUGCGUCAGUAAAAGCAGGAGUCAAACGCUAUGCUCCUGCUGAAUGGGCAACCGGCACGAAAUUGGAGAACCGUAUUGAUAUUAUGCCAUGGUACGCUGGCAAACUCGAAGUCAGUCGCUAUCUAGAGGCCCUCAACAAAGAAAAAAAGGUUCUCGAGUACACUAGAUUCCAAAUCGGGCUUUAUAUGAACUAUCUCGGCCAUCCGCACAAAGUCUCCAAGUAUCUGACGACCAUGCCCACAAAUAUUGAUUUUGAAAACGGCCGAGCCCUGCUUGCUGAGGGAUCCUUGGACGAUCAGCUCACGUUCACCACUGCCCAUGAUGUCGCUGCUGUGGUCGCUCGCGCUGUUGAGUAUAAGGGUGAAUGGCCCCCCGUGGGCGGAGUGCAAGGAAGUCGGGUCACAGUGGGAGACCUCAUCCGAAUUGCAGAGAAUGCUCGAGAGAAACCUUUCACAAUCGAAUGGGAGAAGAUGGAGGACCUUGAGGCGAAAGAACUCAAGUCGGAGAAUUAUAUUCGCCUGCCAUUCCCUGGGAUUCCCGAGGAUCAGCUGGAGGCAUUCUCCAAACUGGCAACGGUGUCAGUUUUGCUUGGGGGACACCACGGCCUUUGGGACGUAACGGAUGAAUGGAACCAACUGCUGCCGGACUACAAAUUCACUCAGGUUGCAGACUUCAUCAAGGAAAUAUGGAAGCUCAAAUAG